AUGUCAGCAGAGGCCGAGCUCCAGCCGGGUGUCAAAACCAGCCAGCGAAGGGAGUCCAGGAGGAUUAAAAGUCAGGACCGCACUGAGGCGGGGCUUAUUAAGCGUUUCCGUGGAGAUGGCAUGCGGUACAAGGCCAAGCUGAUCGGGAUUGAUGAGGUGACGGCGGCGCGCGGGGACAAGCUGUGCCAGGACUCCAUGAUGAAGCUGAAGGGAAUGGCUUCCUCGGCACGUUCCAAAGGGGAGCACAAGCAGAGAGUCUUCUUGACGGUGUCUUUCGGCGGGAUCAAGAUUUACUGCGAGAGAUCAGGGGUGCUCCUGCAUCAGCACUCGGUCCACGAGAUCAGCUACAUCGCCAAGGACACCAGGGACCACCGGGCCUUUGGCUAUGUCUGCGGGAAGGAGGGCCACCACAGGUUUGUGGCCAUCAAGACUUCACAGUCGGCGGAGCCCCUCAUCAUCGACCUGCGCGACCUCUUCACACUCGUCUACGACAUUAAGCAGCGGGAGGAGAUGGAGAAGAAGGCUCAGAAGGACAAACAGUGUGAGCAGGCGGUGUAUCAGACCAUCCUGGAGGACGAAGUGGACGAUCCAGUUUACCAGUACAUAGUGUUUGAGGCUGGACACGAACCCCUCCGUGGCCACCAGUCAGAGGAGAGCGUUUAUCAGGUCCCAUCCAGUCAGCAGAAGGACGGGAUCUAUGAUGUCCCAAAACGCCAUUUCAUGACUAAUAUCAACCACUUCGAUCUUUUCGGCGACAUGUCCACGCCUCCCUCGAUGCCUCCAUCUCCUGCCAACACACUGGACCCGAGCAGGAGCAGCCGCCAGCAGCAGCACAGUCCUGCUGAUAUGUACGCCCCGUUCAGCCCCACCUCCAUGCCGUCAGGUUAUAUGACCAUGGGCCCGGUGCAGGCAGCCCAGUGGGCACAGCAGCCAUUCUCUGGUCAGGCUCAGACCCUGGCCUUCCCCGUGCAGGGCCCCCUCCAGGUGGCUCAGGUCCUCCCUGGUGGUCAGCCGGUCAUCUGGAGCCAGGCCAACAUUUUCCCAGCCACUCAGCAGCAGUGGGCGGCCAUGGCAGCCUAUAUGCCGGCCCAGGCCGUGGGCGUGGGGGGCCAUGCAAUCCCAGCUGCCAUGCUCCAAGGCCUGGUUCCCAUCACUACCAUGUGCCCACAGGCCUGCGACCUGUCAGCCCCGUCCUCAGCCAUUACCAGCCCCCAACACAUAGCCGACCCCACCCUGCUCCAGAGGCAGCUGAGCCUGGGUAGAGAGGGCCUCAACAUGGACUCAGACGCAGGCGAGGGCCCCUCUACUUCAGGGGCCGGAGCAGCAGGUGUUGGAGCUGGCAUUGCGUCAGCAGUGGUGAGCAGGUGUGGGACCCCAGGCCUCAUGAGCGAACCGGACACUCUGGCCUGCAUUCAGCUGCUGUCGCCUUCAUCUGCCACGACCCAGGAAGAGGAAGGGAGCUGUAGUGACCUUGAUCUCUCGAGGAUGACCUUGAGCCCAGGUACAUCCACAUCACCGUCCAUGGAAUCCCCAUCCACACCGGCGACUCAGCGGAGCUCUUCUUCUGACUGCCCCCCAUCCCAGGCCAGCGACCCCCCCACAGAUCAUUCCCCUGUCGACCUGGAGGACAACGCAAGCAACGCCAAUGAGGAACAAUCGGGCUCAGCUGUUGCACGGUCGGAUUCUCCGCAGCUCAGUGGAGCUCCUGAUCCGACGCAGGAUCAGACCUGUCCGCAGGAGGACAGCUAGACAACAACAAACUGAGGGAUGGAAGCUCUCAAGGCCAAGACAGAAGCUCACGAGAAAGAGAAAAAGAGAGAUGAGAGGACUGUGAACAGAAGCAUCUCUCACAGCUGUGUUACGCAGCUGUAACUGUUAUUUCAACCUUUAAAGGAUAUUUUGGCAGGUCUGUAAUAAGCUGGCUAUCCAUGGAUCUGCUUUCCUCCAGAGGCCGCAUACUGUACUGCACUCCUCAGCAUGACAACCAGACUUUGGCUUUAAUGUCCAAUCAAAUAAACUAUCAACCAGGAAGUGACCUUCGAUCUUUGACCGAAACCUGCGACAGGAGGAGACUACGUCCCCCUGUGAUGGAUUUAUAUCUGUGAGGAUACGUUACAAGGCCAUGGUGACACUGACGAUGCAAAUUAUUUUUUUGGAGGUGUUCAAGAGGAGCAGCGUUCUGCCGUAUGUGGUUGACCUUUGGUUUGUCAACUGCCACCAGCAAAGACUGUGCGUAGCAGAUGGAUUUGCCAAAUGUUCUCAUAGUGUUACUCCACCUCUCGUCCAUUUGCAUGAACAGACUUGAUGUGGAUUCAGCCGGCUCAGCUGUGAGCAAAACUGUUCUCUGCAGCUUCAUCCUAGGGCUGAAGCUAAUAAAAAAUAAUAUGAUUUUUCUUUUUCUCAUUUUAUAAGCUGUGAAUUCUUAAUUGAUGGCACCGAGUUGUUAAAGGAUAUCGAAAUGACUUGGAGGCAUCAACGUCAAAAUAACAUUCUGCCAAACAUCUAUUUUGUAAAUAAGAAACUUCCCAGCCCCAAUACCUGAGCCUCUGUGCCAUAAGAUAGCUCUCUGCCUCUCGGAUGCCAACUACCUGUGUUUCUCUCAAGCAAUGCCCUACCAGCACCUCUAUUUUUGACGUCUGGACAUUUGUUUUCGCUUUUGCAGCCUUUUUUUAUUAGUUCUGAAAACGUCUUUGUUUCUGUUGGGUCGGUGAGAUAUGAACUGUGAAUAUGUGUUACAUGGUCAUUGAAAAUAAAGCCUGCUGAACCUGUCUCACUCAUUAAGAACUUGAGGUGAAAGAAAUCAAAGGGUUGAGACAAAAAAAUGGUACUACUACUGAAAGGUCACAGACUUUUUUUAGUACUAGGAGGCAGAUUUCCCUGCAUCUCUUUGUUUUUUAGAUAUUCUACAUUUACUAAGGUCACAUUGUUUACAAUUUGCCUCUCAUAAUCAUAUCUCUGUUUGGUUCCUUGGAUAACGGGGCAGAAUAAAUCCGUUCUGAUAUGACAAGGCUUAACAACCACAAGUGCAGACAGUCAAAUGCAUUUCUAUGCCUUACCAGGUUUAUUUUUGUUUUCCGCUCACUGCUCCUCUGAUCAGGCCAUUGUUGUUUUGCAAAGCACUUGGCCAUAUCGUAGUUCCACUCUACCAAAUCAACAAUUGUCAACAGUAGAGGUUUAUAUAACAUGAACAAAAGAGAUAUCAAUAUAAACGGCUAGACUUACAGUAACAAAUGGUAUUCUAAAUGUACCCCCACUCGUGUAAGAAAAAUAAAUAGUCCAAAAUAUUUUGUAAAUUUUAUUUAUGGAGUUAAGAACUGUCAUGAAAAAGAGAAAAAAGGGACUUUUGUACGUCUAUGACUUCCCCCAUACACUGUACCCAUGCCACUGUUCAGUCACAAAUAAAAUAUCAUGUGAUUCCCACUUUU